AUGGCGAUCCAGAAAAAGCACGGAAAAGGUCGUCUCGACAAAUGGUACAAGCUCGCAAAGGAAAAGGGCUACCGUGCGCGUGCCGCCUUCAAGUUGAUCCAGUUGAACAAAAAGUACAACUUCCUGGAGAAGAGUAAGGUCUUGAUCGAUCUUUGCGCUGCGCCCGGAUCAUGGUGUCAAGUCGCUUCAGAGGUUAUGCCCGCGCAUUCCCUCAUUGUUGGUGUCGACCUUGCCCCGAUCAAGCCUAUCCCGCGAUGCAUUACCUUCCAGAGCGAUAUUACGACCGACAAGUGCCGAGCGACGCUGCGCCAACAUCUCAAGCAUCUCAAGUGUGAUACAGUCCUGCACGACGGUGCGCCCAAUGUCGGAACUGCCUGGGUACAAGAUGCCUUCACUCAGGCUGAGCUUGUAUUACAAUCCAUGAAGCUGGCCACUGAAUUCCUCGCAGAGGGCGGAACAUUCGUUACAAAGAUUUUCAGAUCAAAGGAUUACAACUCGCUCCUCUGGGUCUUCAACCAGCUUUUCGCAAAGGUCGAGGCAACGAAGCCGCCCUCUUCCCGAAAUGUCUCCGCCGAAAUCUUUGUCGUCUGCCGUGGUUACAAAGCCCCCAAGAACCUCGAUCCCAGAUUCCUCGACGCUCGCAGUGUCUUCGCCGAACUCGCGGACCCAACGCCCAACAACGAAGCCAAGGUUUUCAAGCCCGAGCUAAAGAAGAGGAAGCGUGAAGGUUACGAGGAGGGAGAUUGGACACAGUUCAAGGAGGCGCCCGUAUCCGACUUUAUCCAAACGACCGACCCCAUUGCCAUGUUGGGUGGCUUGAACAAGCUCAGCUUUGAGCAGAAGCCUAAUGGUGAUAUUGCUGUCGCUACCAUUGACAAGCUCCCCGAGACAACCAAGGAAAUCAGGGAUUGCUGUGCUGACCUUAAGGUCCUGGGACGAGCCGACUUCAAGCGUCUUCUUCGCUGGCGAUUGCGGGUGCGCGAGAUCUUUGGCUUUGCGACCAAAAAGACAAAGGUUGAGGACGAGGCAAAGGCAAAGGAGGCGAAAGAAGGUGAAGAAGUUGCAGAAAUCGAGUCCAUGGACGAGGAAAUGCAAAUCCAAGAGGAGCUAGAGCGCAUGAAGGAGAAGGAGUCAAAAUCAAAAAAGAAGCAGCGACGAGCCGAGAACGAGCGCAAGCAAAAAGAAAUCACCCGUUUACAAAUGAACAUGACUACACCGUUCGAGCUCGGUAUGGAACAGGCAGGUGGCGACGAUUCCAUGUUUGCGCUGAAGGCUGUCGAUAAGGCUGGUGCUAUCAACAAGAUUGCCAAAGGCAAGAUGGCACAAAUCGUCGAGCGUGAGAAGCAGGAGGAAGUUGAGGAAGAACUUGAGACCGACGACGAAGAGGAUCAUCUUGAACGGGAUCUAGACGCCAUGUACGGCGAUUACGUCGAACAACGGUCCGCGCGAGAUGCAAAGUAUCGUGCAAAGCGAGCUAGGAAACAAGACGAUGACGGUGAGUGGAAUGGUUUCUCUGAUGAGGACAAAGAACAGAGUGACGAUGAAGAGCUGGUACAAGAUGCGGACAGCGACUGGAGCGACGAUGAGGAGGAAGGACCCAAGGGCCUCAUCACAGAUCUAGACAACGAAGAGCAGUCUAAACAAGGCCUCACCAAGCGCGCUGCACGCUUUUUCGACCAGGACAUCUUCAAGGGCAUCGACGGACUCGAUGACCUAGAAGAUGAUGAGGACAGUGGCAUCGAUGUGGAAGGCGACACAGAAAUGAAAGACGAGACCGUCACAUCCGCCCCUGCACCAGAGGCCGAACUAUCCAUCCGAACCACCACCAAUCCCGCGCCCUCAGCCUUCGACGAAGAAUCGUCAGACGAUGAAGACAAAAUCGAAGAAGUCGCACGCGACGAAACUCAAUGGGAGCAAGACAACAUGCCCAUGAAGAACGGACGACCGGACAUCGACAUCAUCACUGCCGAAGCCAUGACCCUAGCACACCAAAUGGCCACAGGCCAAAAAUCCAAACACGACCUCCUCGACGAAUCCUUCAACCGCUACUCCCUCCGCGACGUCGACGGCCUCCCCGACUGGUUCCUCGACGACGAAAAUCGCCACUCCAAACUUCAACGCCCCACCACCGCUGCCGCCGCCUCUGCCAUCAAAGAAAAGCUUCGCGCCCUAAACGCGCGCCCCAUCAAGAAGGUCCGCGAAGCCCAAGCCAGGAAGAAGUUCAAGGCCGCCCAGCGUCUAGAAAAGCUCAAGAAGAAGAGCGCGCUGCUUGCCGACGAGGAAGGCAUGACAGAGAAGGAGAAGGCGCAGAGUAUUGCGAGAUUGAUGAGUCGUGCAGCCAAGAAGAAACCGAAGCAGAAGGUUAGUGUUAUUGUGGCCAAGGGCGGGAAUAAGGGAAUUAAAAAUAGGCCGAAGGGCACAAAGGGUAAGUAUAAGAUGGUUGAUGCGAGGUUGAAGAAGGAUGUUCGGGGUGAGAAGAGGGCGGCGAAGAAAAAUAAGAAGAGGUAGAUGGGAAGUUUUUCAGAGGAUUUAUAUUAUGCUAUGUAGAAAACGCGGUGUUUGCCUACUAGGUUCAAGGCACUGGAAAAUGGUAUUCGUUAUUUCUUC